AUGCCUGCGGCCGCAGAGGCCAAAGCAACUCUUCCUCCAGGCCCGGGAGACGCGGGCGUGGGGCGUGAAACGCUUCUUGCGAAGGAGAAAACGGUCAAGGGGUUAGAAGCCCGACUCCAGCUCCCGGAACUCACGGACCCCAGGCGGCAGCGCCGGGCCUACCUGAACGGGUCUCUCCCAUCCCCGGGAGCGUUUUUGUCCUUGGCUAACCCGAGCCUAGCCGGGAGAAGUCGAGGAGGGGAGAAGUACGCAGGCGUGUGGCUCGAAACAAGUGUGCGGUGGAGGGGCGAGGAUCCGGACCGCGGCGCGCGGCGCGGGGAGUCAGGAAGUUCGCGCUCGGGAAGGAGCAGGCGGGCCACCGCCUGGAGGCAGCCGAGGUUGCCUUCAAAGUGCGGUUGA